UCAUAUUAAAGCUUCGAUAGUCAGCUGAUAAGCGCCCACGCAUUCAUUCGUACUGGUAUAGGGGGGAAAUUGGAGGCGGCAAAGCAAAGCAAUUGAAUUGUCAAAUUUAAAAAAAACCACAACCAAGAUACUGCUGAAUCGAAAGCUCCCUUCCCCAGCGAAUUUCCAUCGGUGCAGUCAGCGACAAUUUUUCCAUAUCAACGUUCGCGCCGUUAAAACGCAGACGUCUUUCUGUUUGUGUCCGAGAAAACUAACAUGGGCUGUGAGGAGAAGCAAGAAACCACCAAGCCAAGCCUGCGCAUCCAGGACAUUCCGGUGCUGAUGCAGGACCACUGUCGCAUGCUAGAUCCCUCCAAGGUGGAGCGCAUCAUCAAUGAGUUCGUACAGGGCGGCCCGGAGCGCAUGCAACUUGUGUCGGACUUUGACUAUACAAUCACCAAACAGCGAACUGAGGACGGCAGUGUGGUGCCCUCCAGUUUUGGGAUCUUCAACGCCUGCCAGUCGCUGCCCGAUAGCUUCAAAACGGAGUCGGACAAACUAUACCAUAAGUACAGGCCAAUUGAGAUCGAUCCGCACAUGCCCAUCCCCGAGAAGGUUCAGUACAUGGUCGAAUGGUGGACCAAGUCUGGUGCGCUGGCCACCGGCUUCCCCUUCGAUCAAUCAGAAAUAGAUCAGAUUGCCAGCAAGUAUAAAAACGCGCUACGUGACCGUACUCAUGAGUUUUUUGCCGAUCUACAGCGCUUGGGCAUUCCUACAUUGGUUUUCUCCGCCGGACUGGGCAACUCUGUGGUCUCCUUGUUGCGCCAGGCAAAUGUGAUGCAUCCCAAUGUAAAGGUGGUGUCGAAUUUCCUGCAAUUUCGCAAUGGACUUUUGGACGGCUUCCAGCAGCCCAUGAUACACACCUUCAACAAGAACGAAACUGUCCUGGACGGCAGUGAGUAUUACAACCUGGUCCACACACGCGACCACAUCAUCGUGAUGGGGGAUUCCCUAGGAGACGCUGACAUGGCCUCCGGCGUUCCGGCCUCUUCGCAUAUCAUAAAAAUUGGUUUCCUUUUCGAACAUGUGGAGGCCAAUAUGGAUAAGUACAUGAAGACAUUUGAUAUCGUCUUGGUGGAUGAUCAAACAAUGGAUGUGCCCCGGGCCUUGCUCGCUCUCAUCGAAAAGCAGCACCAGCUGAAGCAGCAGGCCACAACGCAGAGCACCCUUUGAAACCUCGGACAAAAAUACGUAGUCCGUUUGUAUCGUACUCAAAAAACGUUCCUGCUUUCUCAUUAGCAGGAAUAAGUGUUAAAUUGUAUUAGCAAACACAAACACACAGCAGAAGCUACUAAUUAAGUGGUUUAGAUUUAACCAUUUCAUCCAUUCUAACAGAAAUUCACACCAUAUUAAAUGACAACGUUGUGCU